AUGAGUAGUAACUGGCUGGGCUUUUCUUUGACACCCCACUUAAAACUUGGCGGUGAAGCCGGUGGCUCGGCUCCACCGGCGGCGGCGGUGGUGGAGGAGGAGAAGGAGGAUAAAGGCGGCGUGUUUUCUUCUCAUGCUCAUCCUCUGUUGCCUUUGAGCUCUGAACACUACUGGAGAUACGAUAAUGGUAUGACGAAAGGGCCCGACCCGAAUACCGACGGAUGCCCGAAAUUCGAAGACUUCCUCGGGUCAUGCUACCCGAACCCGCCGGCGAACGAACCCGCCGGAGAAAUCAACAUGAACGCGCCGCCGGGCUUCACCGGCGAUCUCCCUGUGGAAAGCUUCAGCAGCCCAUCUCUUUUUCUCCAACCGUACGAUGACUACGGUGGUUUUCAGGCGCCGCCGGGUUUCUCCGGCGGUGGUGCGGCGGCGGUUUCAGGUCUCAAGGGUUGGCCGUCUACGCAGGAUGAGAAAUCCGCGGCGGAGGGGGAUGGUCACUGUGACUUUCAGGCGCUGUCUUUGACCGUGAGCCCCGACUCUCGGACGGCGCCGCCGCCGCCGCCGGUGGCGGCGGAAGUAAGGAAGCGGGGUUUGGCGGCAAAGGCUGGGGUGGUUAGGGAGAAUCUGCCUCGUAAAUCGAUCGAUACUUUUGGGCAAAGAACUUCUCGGUAUCGUGGGGUUACCAGGCAUAGAUGGACAGGAAGAUAUGAGGCACAUUUGUGGGACAGCAGUUGCAGAAAGGAAGGGCAGACGAGGAAAGGAAGGCAAGGGGGAUAUGAUCAAGAAGAAAAAGCAGCUAGAGCUUAUGAUUUGGCUGCUUUGAAGUACUGGGGAGUGACUACACAUAUAAAUUUUCCUCUCAGCAACUAUGAAAAAGAGCUUGAAGAGAUGAAAAACAUGAGUAGGCAAGAAUUUGUUGCCCAUUUAAGAAGAAAAAGCAGUGGGUUUUCAAGAGGAGCAUCCAUGUACAGAGGAGUAACAAGGCAUCAUCAGCAUGGAAGGUGGCAAGCCAGAAUAGGAAGAGUUGCAGGCAACAAGGACUUGUACCUUGGUACCUUCAGUAAGUGCAUGCUUCUAUGUGAUUGUACCUUGUGGCUCAAUACUACUUUUUUUUUCCUCUUUGAUCUACCUUUCAAGCACACAGAGGCAAAAUUGCAUUUUUUAGUAUUGUUGAUUUAACGACAUAGCAAUUUUAGUCU